UCCAGGAUGUUUGCAGGAUCAGAAGCCUGGACUUUAGCGAACGAUAAUUCAUCGUGUAAUAAUUCCUCAAACACAUGGCAUUCACUUGAGCAGGAACACCACCAGAGAACGCAGACAAUGCAGACGUCUUUAAAGAGAAAGCUGUAUUACGACUGCUUUUUCCAGCUCUGUCCAGCGUAGUUUCAGUCUGUUGUUAUCUGAGGAGGUCCUGACGAACGACAGGGAGGCGUUGGCCAUGGAGAUCAUUUCUGAUUGGCUGUCAGACGAGGGCAGGGUCACUAGAGGUCAGCAGUUAUCUCAGUGUGGAGCUGGAGUGAAUUUCUGAGCCUCUGAUAACAUGUCCCGGUGCCAAAGACCAAAGUUCAGUCUUGUGACAUUUUUGUUUGUAACUGCUAUUUUAUAUAAAGUUUUUUUUUUUAACACUGUGGAUUUGAUUGAAAUCUAAACUAUUUCAGACUUGGCUUAAAAUUAAUCAUAAAAACAUUAACACACUCUCAAUUGUUUUUUUUUUGUUUUUGUUUGUUUGUUUUUUUCCGAAACAGGACACGGAUUCUCUACAAAGCAAAAGGUUUAGCAGGGGAGGUUCUGAGCUAUUUUAACGAAAGCCAACGACAGACAAACUUACUCCAAAGAGUAAGUUGGAGCAAGUUGUUAAGAGUAAGUUGGAGCAAACUCAGCUCCAAAGAGUGCAAAAGUUUGCAUCCCCUAUGAGUUUUGAAUGGGGGGGACGACACGCAUCUACGUUACAAUUUAUCUACAAUUUAUUUGUGUAAUAAAUCAUUAUAAAAAGUAUAUAAUAAGAACAAUAAAUAAUCAAAUAAAAACAAUUACUUGUAAAUAGGGAAAGUAAAUAGGGAUGUAAAAGAAGUUGGAGGUAUUUAUAAAGGUAAAUGGUGGACGUACGCAUUAUUAGAAAACAUUUAUAUCUCAUUCAGACGCAUUUAUUUAACCUUUAAUAUCUUAGCAACGUCUUUAUUUUUCUCUACUCUCUCCUCAUUUAAAGCUGGAAGCCUGAGAUUUUUCUCUCUACGCUUUCCACCUUCACUUCUCUUCCUUCCUCUAGUUUUUUUUAAUGUAAACUUUUCUGUCUGUUGUAUAGCGAGAUUAAUAGUAGUAUCAGUCUGGCUUAUAUACAGUACAAUGACUGUUUUUCCCACAGUAGCAGGUCAGGGUCAUGUGAGGAGAUGUGUGUUUAUGAUGUUCCGCUCCACUUACACUAAUCUGAGUGAAACACGCUACAGCUGAGGCUCCGUAUGCCUCGGGUUUUUCCUGACAUGCUUGUCUGGUUCUUCCAUUUGAUCAAAUGUACCCAAUUUCACUUUCCCCAAGUGAAGUCAACCACACAAGACAUGCUCGGUGUCUGGAAUUUACUUCCUGACUUUUAAACUGGAGCUACAAGAUUAAUUACGAAUAAAAACGAAUAAAAGCGAGAAAAAAUCUUCUGCUUCAAAUCACAUCAGUGACGUCUCUGACGUGCUGAUGGACACGGUGUUGAUGGACACGGUGCUGAUAGACACGGUGUUGAUGGACACGGUGUUGAUAGACAUGGUGCUGAUGGACACGGUGUUGAUGGACACAUUGUUGAUGGACAUGGUGUUGAUGGACACGGUGCUGAUGGACACGGUGCUGAUGGAGACGGUGUUGAUGGACACAUUGUUGAUGGACACGGUGCUGAUGGACACUGUUGAUGGACACAUUGUUGAUGGACACGGUGCUGAUGGACACGGUGCUGAUGGACACAUUGUUGAUGGACACGGUGCUGAUGGACAUGGUGCUGAUGGAGACGGUGUUGAUGGACACGGUGUUGAUGGACACGGUGCUGAUGGACAUGGUGCUGAUGGAGACGGUGUUGAUGGACACAUUGUUGAUGGACACGGUGCUGAUGGACACAAUACCCGUCGAGGCAUGGACUCCACGAGACCUCUGAAGGUGUGUGUGGGAUCUGGCACCGAGACGUCAGCAGCAGAUCCUUUAAGUCCUGUAAGAUGUGAGGUCGGGCCUCCGUGGAUCGGACCUGUUUGUCCAGAACGUCCAACAGAAGCUGGAUCGGAUUGAGAAGUGGGGAAUGCGGAGGCCGAGUCGACACCUUGAACUGUUUGUCAUGUUCCUCAAAGCGUUCCUGAACAGUGUGUGCAGUGUGUCAGGGAGCGUUAUCCUGCUGAACGAGGACACUGAUAUUAGGAACACUGUUACCAUGAAGGGGUGUACUCGGUCUGGAACAGUGUUUAGGUAGGUGCUGCGUGUCAAAGUAACAUCCACGUGAAUACCAGGAUCCAAGGUUUCCCAGCAGAACGUUACCCGGAACAUCACACUGCCUCCACCAGCUUGUCUUCUUCCCAUAGUGCAUCCUGGUGCCGUCUCCUCCCCAGAUAAGUGACUGACUGACUAUCUAUCUAUCGUUUUACAGAAUAAAAGAUCUUGUUUGUGAAAAUUUUACAACUCGUAAUUUGACCAAAAAACCCCUCACAGAUCAUUUAAAAAUACGGUCGUGGAAACGGUAAAAAUAAAGAUUAUUAUUAGAUAAAGCAGUCUAACAUCCCAGUAAGUGACUCAGGCCCCCUGAGAAUAUGAAUUCUUUAACUAGCUGAGAUUUACAGAUAUAAUGUGUAUUAUUUCUCCAAAUAAAAAUAUAUAUAUAUAUAAAGAAAUGGAUAAAUCCAAAUGUAGACAAACCAUCAGCUUUUGUUAGCAAAAUACAACCCAACGUGGAGAGAUCUCUGUUUAGCCGAAGAUUUAAGGAUUUCUUCAUGUUCUCCAAUUUUGGAAUAAUUUCAGCUUCUGUUUUAAAUAACACAAAUCUGACCUCAUUCUUAACGGGGAUACUAUUCAUUCCUUUUAGAGCGCAACUGUGAUUAGAGAAAAGGAAAGCAAAUGAAACCCAAUUUUAAAAUGUUUAAUGGUAUAUAUAUAU